AUGAUACUCGGCCAGUUAUCUAUUUCGAUGAGACGUUGGUUAAUCAGAAUCACACCAAAGGGUACAUGUAGCAAAAUGAAUUAAAUUCAGAAGAACUUAAAGUACCUACAAGAAAAGGGAAGAGAUUAAUUAUUUGUCUCGCAGGAUCCAGUUCAUUUGGAUUUGUACCGGGAUCAAAGUUAGUUUUUAGAUGUCAAAGUGGUAUUUCUAUUGAUUAUCACUCCCAAAUGAACUCUGCUAUUUUUAAAGAGUGGUUUAUACAAAUGUUACAACAUUUAGAAGAACCUUCUGUAAUCGUGAUGGAUAAUGCCCCAUACCAUUCAGUUCUAGCAGAAACUUAUCCAAAGGUAAAUGAAAGAAAAGCAAAUGUACUCAAAUGACUGUCUGAAAAAGGGGUUCAAUAUUCACCACUCGAAACAUUGAGCGAAUUACGUGAAAGGGUCAAACAAUUGGUACCAAGACAAAAAGUAUAUGAGCUUGAUCAAAUCGCGUUGGAAAUGGAACAUGAAGUCAUGCGUCUCCCACCUUACCAUUGCCAAUACAACCCAAUAGAACUUAUAUGGGCACAAGUAAAAGGGGAUGUCGCCAAAAAAAAUGCUUCAUUUAAAAUAGCAGAUGUUGAACAACUUGUAAACGAAGCCGUUGUAUGCCGUGACCGUGGAUAAUUGGAAAAGUUGUAUGAGUCAUUGCGAAAAAUUGCAAGAUGAAGAUUUUAGAAAAGGUUUACGUGACGAAAUUUUAGGGUCAAUUAUACUGACCAUUAAUCCAGACGAAGAUUCCGACUAUUUAGAAGAGGAAGAUGGCAUAGAUUAUUAA